UUGUUAACACUUAUUGAGACAAUUUGUAGUAAUCUUAACGCAAUAUAUGUUCAAUGGAGUUGAACUAAAUGUAAAAAUAAGUUAAAUUAGUCUUUUAUAGAGAGCAAAUAUUUGACCAAGGCGUCAGAUAGUUUUUUAUUAUUUUAUUUUAAUUUUUUAUCAAGUUUCCUUCAGCUCUCAAACUAUGGUUCCUUACAAGGGUUUUCGGAAGAGUUUCUUCAUAAUUUUGUGCAAUUUGUGAUUGUAAGGAUUUUCUCAAUUGUCAUAUGAGCAUUAACAUCUGAGAUCAACUGUUUGUAGCAGUGUUUCAACAAGGACAUAAGAUACUGAAGACUUUGUACUUUUUAAAAAAAGAAAAAAAAGCAAUGUUACAUAACACAAAUGACCUGUUGACUGCUGAAAUAAAACACAAGGAACUUGAACUCUUGCAGUUGUACACUGACUGCCCAUGUGUUGCAUUUCAGGACAACAUCAAAGGACAAAAUCAGCACAUUUCAAGGCAAAGAAAUGGAAGAGAUAUUCUACAUCCUCGGCUUGGAUUGGAUCGACGUCAGGAGUGUCUUAAUAUUUUUUGGUAUUUUUCUACUUUUGGCUGAUAUUUUGAAGAACAGAGCACCGAAAAACUUUCCUCCAGGACCGUGGGCACUUCCUUUCAUCGGCGAUCUUCAUCGUAUUCAACCUACCAGACUUCAUCUGCAGUUCACAGAAUUUGCACAGAAAUAUGGAAACGUUUUCAGCCUUCGCCUCUUUGGUGGAAGGAUUGUGGUCAUCAGUGGCUACAAGUUUGUGAAAGAAGCCCUGGUCGAACGAGGAGAAGACUUCGUAGAUCGUCCCAAUAUUCCAUUGUUUGAAGCGAUGUUUCAGAAUAAAGGUCUUGUGUUCUCAAACGGUAAUCAGUGGAAGCAGCAGAGGAGAUUUGCUCUUCAUACACUCAGAAACUUUGGUCUGGGAAAGAAGACCAUGGAGAGAUACAUCCAGCAGGAGUGCCAGUACCUCACAGAGGCUUUUGCAGACCAACAAGGCAAACCAUUUAAUGCCCAGCAUCUGAUAAAUAAUGCUGUGUCCAACAUCAUCUGCUGUUUGGUGUUUGGGAAUCGAUAUGAAUACAAUGACAAGCAGUACCAGUAUAUUCUGCAGAUCAUUGAUGACAUGGUGGAGUUACAGGGAAGUUUGUCGGCACAGAUUUACAACACAGUCCCCUGGCUGAUGAAGUGGUUUCCUGGACCUCAUAAGAAGAUAUUCAGUCUGAUACAAGAAUUAAUUGACUUUGUAGAAAUCAGGAUCAAAGAACACAAAGACAUCCUUGACCCAUCAUCACCAAGAGACUACAUUGACUCCUUCCUCAUAGAAAUGGGACAGAAAGAGGACAAAGAGUCUGGGUUUGACCUCAAAAAUUUAUCUUUCUGCACAAUGGACUUGUUUGGUGCUGGAGCUGAAACUACUACCACUACUUUAUACUGGGGGCUGCUAUACAUGAUCCACUACCCUGACAUACAAGAGAGAGUCCAGGCUGAGAUUGAUGCUGUGAUUGGUUCGUCCAGACAGCCGUGUAUGACUGACAGAGAAAACCUGCCUUACACUGAUGCAGUCAUCCAUGAGAUACAGAGGAUGGGCAACAUCGUCCCCCUCAAUGUGUUUCACAUGACAAACAAGGAUACUACAGUGGAUAAGUACACAAUCCCAAAGGGUACCGCAGUCCUGCCUACACUGCACUCUGUCCUCCGCGAUGAGUCAAUGUGGGAAACUCCAAACUCCUUCAACCCUCAACACUUUCUGGACCAGGAUGGUAAAUUUAGGAAGAGAGAAGCCUUCCUUCCAUUUUCUGCAGGUAAGCGUGUGUGUCUCGGUGAACAGCUGGCAAGGAUGGAGUUAUUCCUGUUCUUCACAUCCCUCCUUCAGAGGUUUUCAUUCUCUGCACCCCCUGGAGAGAAGCCCACUCUGGAGUACAAACUGGGAAUCAUUCAUUGUCCUAAACCUUACCGUCUCUGUGCCACACUACGAUAAACUGCUGAUGUAAAGACUCAGUGAUGUUUAUCAGUUUGCAUGAAACCCCUUUAUCAUUUGAAUUGCAAACACACCUCAGUCAGGCACAAAGUUGAAUUUAUUCUGCCAGUGUAUUUUCUGGUUCUAAUAUUUUAUAAUGAGUAGCCCUUGAGGUGUUUCUCCUGGUAUUGAGGAUCGUAAUUCUGAGAUGUAUUUUAGUAACAUAACAUAGCAUAGCAUAGCAUAGCAUAGCAUAGCAUAGCAUAGCAUAACAUAACAUAACAUAACAUAACAUAACAUAACAUAACAUAACAUAACAUAACAUAACAUAACAUAACAUAACAUACCAUACCAUACCAUACCAUACCAUACCAUAACAUAACAUAACAUAACAUAACAUAACAUAACAUAACAUAACCUGUCAAGUCUCUGGGUAUUCACUGUAAAACAAAAAUUAAUCAUUUUGCAAAAUGACUUAAACAUGACUUAAAUGUAUCAAAAAUAACUGCAGUUUAAUAUCUUCUCUUCAUUUAAUGAAUGAAAUCCUGAAUGUUAACUAAUUGUGCUACUGGGAUUUCCUGUGUUUGGUUUUAUUCCUCUAACUAGCAGCAACAGCCUUCGUAUAAAUGUGAGAUUGUUCAAUGAACUUCACACUGUUGUAGUGAGGUUGGCAUUUUCGUUAUGCACACAAAAAUAUAUGAGGAUCACUUAGAUUUUUCAUGUGUACCACAAACCAUGAUAAUGGCUUAAUCCUGAUGGAUGCCACGUUGUAGUUCUUCUUACGGCCAUUUUUAUACAUACCUGAUGUAAAUGCUGUGACAAACAACUUCCUAUAGUUGGUCCAGUAAUGACUGCAAACACUACAAUCAAGACUCACUUAUUGUUAUUUAUCAAAUGUAUGUUUUGGAACGUAUUUGAUGUAGUGACAUGUACAUAAGUGGCUCAUUCCAAAGAUUAGUCACACUAUCAAAAUAGUGUGACUCCUGUUACUGCCUCUCUGUUGUGCAGGACAAAGUGUGUGUGAACUGUAAUAUCGCAGACUCUGUGGAUCCAGAGUAGCCAACAUAUUGUCAAAAAGAGAAGGUCUGGCCUCUACUAACAGAAAAAAUAAAGAAAUAAAGAAACCCUGUCACAAAGUGAA